AUGGCCCCUGUUGGGGAUACGACACAAAUAAAAAUUCGAAACUCAACCCGCAUUCAAAUCGAUUUCAUGCGAAGUGAAGCUGCGACCGCGAAAACAGACGGUGCAGUCACGGCUGAGUCAGGACCCCAGAGAAGUGAAGCUGCGACCGCGAAAACAGACGGUGCGGUCACGGCUGAGUCAGGACGUAAACAUAUCAUCCGAAUUGCGUCUAUCGACUCGCAUGUAUCCCGGAAGCAAGUUUGGGACAAAAUACAACAGCAACGUGUUGGUCAGUAUCGUGCAUCGCCUCUGCUGUCUUCCCACAUAUCACUGAUGGUGUGUGUUGACGGAGUCGAUGUAAGGCAGAAUUAUACAUGCAGCGGUGUUGUCCGUUUAGCCUUCGGCGGUUCGGAGACCGUGAAAUGUAAUGCUGGUCCAUUCUGGAUUGGCGGUAGCCUUGGUAUUCUUAGCGCACUCGUGGCACUUCUCCUGGUGAAGCCCCUUAUGCAUGACGGUAUGAAAGCCGAAGAUAAUGCGUGUCCGGGAGAGCAUGAACUUGAUGCGAGCAUUAUGCAUCCGGCUGAGGAAGGUUACUUGUCCCUGCGUGACCUUACCUUGUCUCCGAUAGCUCAGCCCACCACUGCUCACUUUAGUAACACAUAG